CCCGACUCUUAGCACUGAGGGAGCAUUGUAAAUUCUGCAACGCAGUGCAGAUAAUCUUAUAUUUCUUUUGUUAAGGAACGAAGCAUUUGUGCGCGAUUAUCUGUGUGUGUGUGUGUGUGUGUGUGUGUGUGUGUGUGUGUGUGUGUGUGUGUGUGUGUGUGUGGACUGAUGUACAAAUAUGAGUUUACUUUUGUGGCUGGUAUGAAAUUACCAUGUGUGUUUUGUCAAAAAAAACGCGUUAGUGAGACAAUGCAGCUCCUACAGUUAUCUGUAUGAAGACUAAGACGUGGCACGUGACAUUCCUGGUGAACCCCUGUUUUGAUGACAAUCACGCUGGACUUAACAAGACCUGACUUAGUGUUGUCGCCCGGUGUGAGGAAACAUUUUGUUUUGAAAAAAAUCACAACAGAAAAUAUACAGACAAAACAAAAAGCCACUAAUACUGAUUUUAGUUGUUCCUAUACUCUUCCUCUCGCUUGUAUCUCACAGCAGCAGAAUAGAGAGGGAUGGCGCGUGAAGCGGCUCUGUUGGCGACGCUAUUGGUGGUGGUGAUGGUGGUGGCGGUGGUGGUGGUGGUGGUGGUGGCGACUGCUGCUGAUGUGCCAUUCGUUGAUACCAGGGAUGGCCGCGUCUCAGGCAUUGUGGAGGAAUCGGUGAAGGGCCGAGACUUUUCGUCAUUCUACGGCAUUCCCUACGCUCGGCCACCACUGGGGAGGCUGCGAUUCAAGGAUCCCGAACCCUUCCCAGACUGGGGGGCCAUGAGGGAAGCCUCCAUUCCCGCCCCGCCGUGCAUCCAGUAUUUCUCCGCAACAGAGAGAGUCGGAAUAAAGGAAGUGCUGGGUGAGGAGGAUUGCCUGUACCUCAACGUGUUUGUGCCCAAGAUUAAUGGAGACGCUAGCUUCCCGGUGAUGGUUUGGCUUCACGGAGGAAGGUUCACCCAUGGCAGUGCCCAGGAGUACCCUCCUCACGUCCUCCUGGACCACGACAUCGUGCUGGUGGUGGUGCAGUACCGGCUGGGUGUCCUGGGCUUCCUGUCUACCGAGGACUUGGCGAUGCCUGGGAACCUGGGCCUCAAGGACCAGACCCUGGCGCUCCGGUGGGUGAAGACCAACAUUCACCUCUUUGGCGGAGACAACAUGCGGGUCACCAUCUUCGGUGAGAGUGCCGGCAGCGCCGCCGCCCACCUCCUCAUGUUCGUCCCGGAAGUUCAAGAUCUUUUCUCCCGUGCUAUCAUGCAGUCUGGAACAGCACUGACGUCCUUGAAUAUCAACAAUAAUCCUCGCAAAGAGGCAAUUGAAGUGGGCGGCAGCCUUGGGUGUCCCACAGACCAGGGCAGCAACACGCUCCUUCUGUGCCUGCAGGGGCUGGAUGCAAAGGCUCUCUUUCCUCGUUACGAAAGCUCCAGAAGAUGGGGAGUGCUGCCGCUCACCUUCACGCCCUGGGUGGACGGCCGUUUCCUGCCGCGUCACCCUGCCCUGCUGAUAAGUGAGGGGCGCAGCACCCGGGUGGACAUCAUAUCAGGCAUUACCAGAGACGACGGGGCUCUUUUCGCCUUGCCUGCAUUGGCAAAGAAACAGUUACUGGAGGAGCUACAGCACAAUUUUAGCAUGGCCGGGCCUGCGUCCCUUCAGCUUGAGGGCAGGAGUGAGGACCCGGAGGCUGUAGCCCGCCAGCUGUACCUCCACUACUUGGGCACCACGCACGUCACCGAGGCGCACGCUGACGACUUCAUGAGGAUGUUCACUGACCACUACUUCGCCGUGCCUCAUGACCGCAUUUCCGCCCACCACGCAGGGAAGAUUUACCGCUACGAGCUGCAGCACUACGCCCAGCUCUCCUUCGGCCAACUGAUCUGCCCUUCCUGCGACAACAAGUGGGUGAGUCACGUAGACGAUCUGUACUACUUGUUCCGCGGCGGCCCUCUCUUGUCGCCACGAACAGCACCCCCACAGCGCCCCAAGGACUUACAGCUGCCCGACGACCUCACCCUCAGGGACAUCAUCACGACUCUGUGGACCAACUUUGCUGCCACGGGGAACCCAACCCCUGAUAGCUCUCUGGGCUUCACGUGGGAAGCCAGCACACCAGAGAAUCUGCAGUACCUCUCCCUCACGCCCUCGCCCUCCAUGAAGCCAGACGACCGCAAGGAGACACGCAAGUUCCACAACUCUCUUCCCAUCCAGGAAAAUUUGAUGCUUCACCCGCACCUGGUGAAGGUGCCUCAGGGUGCCACGCGCAGUUCACGUCAUGAAUUGUGAUUUACCAACUCCUGACUAAAUGCAAACAGUAACAAGCACCGCCUACCUAACAACAUAACUUAGAUAUAACCACUUUUAUAUAUAUAUAUAUAUAUAUAUAUAUAUAUAUAUAUAUAUAUAUAUAUAUAUAUAUAUAUAUAUAUAUAUAUAUAUAUAUAUAUAUAUAUACAUAUACAUAUAUAUAUAUAAUGAGAGAAGAGGACGAACAAGUGAGGAGGGCAAUGAUGGUGGAGGUUAUGGGGAGAAGGAGGGUUGGGAGACAAAAGAAUAAGAUGGAGAGUCGUAAUAAGAAGUGAUAUGAACAAGCUGGGAGUGCAAGAAGAUAGAAACAGAUGGAGAAGGAUAACUCCAGCGGCUGACCCUGCAAUACACUGGGAUUUAGGUCGUAUGAAGAAGGAUAUAUAUAUAUAUAUAUAUAUAUAUAUAUAUAUAUAUAUAUAUAUAUAUAUAUAUAUAUAUAUAUAUAUAUAUAUAUAUAUAUAUAUAUAUAUAUAUAUAUGAUGGGCCCUAACUCAGUGCAAACAAACGAAAAAAACGUCCACUGAGGUGCCAGUCAGUAAAGAAAAAAAAAAAUCAAAUUUAAGGAUAACUGUCUUGAAACCGAACACUUUCAUUAUUACCACGCUUAGAGAAAUGCUGAGGUGUUAUGAUGGAGUGAUUAUGAAGUGUUUUGAGGAGUUGUAUGGCUUACGAGUUGUGAUGUGGUGGAAUUGUGAGGAACUAAGGAGAUAAACACCAUCUGAUUACUAAGAAAGUCGAGGGUGUAAAGCGCUGCUGCGUCUGAUUUACUCCUAUAAAAAUGGGUUGAUUUGCUGUGAAGAGUCACUUCGAAACAAGCAGAGGUGGCGGCAGUGGUGGGCGCGGAAGUGAAAUAUAGAAACAGUUUUUGAAGAGGCUGGUGACAUUUGAUGAGGUACCGGCGUGCUCGGAACUAAGGGUACACGUGGAAAAGUGCCAAGCAAACCUCGCGCGAACACACCCAGGACGUGUCCUCCCGCGGCGUGCAUUAAACAUCAAAGCGCCCUUUGCUCAGUGGUCACCUUUACCUGGGCCGGCGCCGCCUCAGAGCUGGGCGGGGGCGGAGGGAACCCAACCCUCUUCCCUUCGCAUUCCACCCUUCAAAAAAAAAAAAAAAAAAAAAAAAAAAAACAAGACUCAAAGCUGAACUGAAAACAAGACAAGGAUUAAGAGGAGCACUGUGUGCACUUAGAAAGCUUAAGGGCGCGGAAAAACAACAACAAAAAAAAAAGGGAGGAAAAAGUAAUGAGAAACGGCGCGUGCACUCAAGACUCAAAAGAUAAUGAAACACAGAAGGGCCUGAGACAAGAAACAAGAGACAAGAGCUGCGGCCAAUUGGAUCUACACAAGAAAAAAAUAAAAAUAAUAAGGUGAGAUCACAAUGGAAAGUACAAAGAUCAAAAAGCAACGACAAAGGAAAUGUCGUUAGGGAUAUUUUGUGAAGUUACAUUACUGUGUGUGUGUGUGUGUGUGUGUGUGUGUGUGUGUGUGUGUGUGUAGAGAGAGAGAGAGAGAGAGAGAGAGAGAGAGAGAGAGAGAGAGAGAGAGAGAGAGAGAGAGAGAGAGAGAGAGAGAGAGAGAGAGAGAGAGAGAGAGAGAGAGAGAGUGAGUCCACACCAAGGCUCACUUACAAAACAAAGGAAAAUCACGGGCCUACGUAGAUGGAAAAAAAAAAAAAAGAAUAAAAGGAAAGAAAAUCAAGAAUAUUGUAAAAAAAAAAUCAGAGGGCAGCACUAUACAUACAUACGACAAAAAAAAAAAAUAGAUAAAUAAAAACAGAAGUACAAAUAAAUUUAAAGAUAAAUAAAAGAAAAAAAAAUAAGCAAACAAAACACCCCCAAAAAAUAAAUCAUGUGAUUUACACACAAGUAUGUAAGAAUAUAAGAACAUAAGAAAAUAAGCGAAGCUACAAGAAGCCGUCAGUCAGAGAUGCUCUGGCCAAAGAAAAAAAAAAAAGAAUAAAGAGAAGAAAAUAAAAAAGUUUUAAAACUUGGUGGCAUCAACAUCUGCAGAGUAAUACGACACGUUUUUAGUGUCCAGGAAGCUGUAUUUCUCGUAGCCUAACUUAAACCAACUGAGGGCGGAGCAACACACCUACUAGUGUCCACGAAUCUGCCCACAAUCUAGCCUAACCCAUCCUAACCUGACAGCUGAGCAACACACCAGCUUAUAGUCUCCACGAACCAGUGCUGCUCGCAACCUAACCUUACCUAACCUAACUCAACACGAGAGAGAAGUAACACAUCUACAUCUAGUCUCCACUAACCUGUACUGCUCGCAUCCUGACCUAACCUCCACGAACCACUGCUCGCAACCUCCUUCUAACAGUAUAACCUCAAACAAAACCAUGCAAGUAAUAGAGAAAUACAUUCCCCACUCCGAGCUGGCGGUUAAUUUACGUGGAAAAGGUUGCAGCCUCCGCCAUCCUUUAUCCUGAAGGAAGCACCGCAGGAUUCUUCCCUUCCUGCGAGGUGGUCAUGUGGUCAUGGCCGCCUCCCUGGGCUGCAACAUUUUUAUUGGCUUUUCCUAUUUGUCUUUUUUUUUUUCUCUCUCGUUAACUUUGGAACUAAUUAACUUCUGAGGGUUUUUUCCUCCAGCAAUGACCUUUCUCUCGUCAAGGAUAGUCAUCCAUUAUAUGAAGUUUUCAUCGACAAAAACAUUGAUACUGUUUUCUUUCCUAGAGUGUAUGUAGUCUUUCUUCUCUUAGAAGGACGCAACUUCGAUCCGAAUACGUAAUUAUGUCAGGAAUUAAGCUUUUCCUAAUAAAACUUUCAUGUACGGACAAACCUUUCUUAAUAAAGCUUUCAUAUACAGAGAA